GUCACAAGUACUUUUGGUAGCAAUGUAACACUUACCACGCGGAAAGUAAAGGUUUGUGAACAGAAUUAUUUGUAACACACACGCAACAAAAUAAUACAGGUCUUAUUUCUAGUUCGUGUUCCUUUUAUUUGUCUUAUGUCUUUUGUUGAGAAAAGACCCUGUUCACAAUGAGUAUGCAGGUAUCUAACCCUCUGUGGGGUUAGAUAUCCUCUGUGGGAUACAUUUUAGGUGAUUAUUCCCGUCUGUUGGAUCAUUGGAGCGCUUUUUAGCAUACCAAUCUUCCUGGUCUCAACGUUUGAUAAAACAACUGGCAACUGUAAGUGGAACUGGCACGAGCGGUGGAUGGGUGCACUCUACGACACCAUAUGGCUGGUACUGUUGGCUCUAAUUCCUCUGUUGGUGAUGACUGCUGUAUAUUCAAAAGUUGUUUACAUUUUGUGGUUCAAACGAAACGAGCAAAAUGAAGUCGUCUAUCAACAAAAGGGAGUCCUCAAGGUGAGGAAGCGAGUCACACUGAGUGUGAUCACUGUCAGUGCCAUAUUUGGAGCUUGUUGGAUCACAGGAUUGCUGAUUUACAUCUUAAGCUACUUUGACAUCUUCAUAUUUGGCUCAAUCUCAUACGUCGUUUCUGACACCAUCUUCAUGUUCAACUCUGCCAUCAACCCCUAUAUUUAUGCUCUGCUGAAUGAGCGUUUCAGGGAUAAACUCAAAUUAUUUUGCUCUGCUCACAGCUCUAACGAGGAAAGCGGUUUCGUAGAGUGAACGUUUUGAUCGAGUGAAAAAAGAGGUGAAACACCAAUUGAAUGCCAGAAGCUUGUAAUUUUACAUAGGAAAGUAACUAGUGGUGACACAUAAGGGGUAAAGUUUGGACGACGUGGCUCCCUUAAGUUUGAUACACGUCCCUUUAACAAAUGUUACGGGACUAACAGUUUCUCAUGAAUAUCAAAUGAACAAAAUUGUUACAAGGAUAACUUGAGAUGGUUUUAGAAGAAAUCAAGUGAAACACCGACACAGUUUCAAGGAUAAAAUCGAACAAUAUUAAAGGUCAGCUUGCGUUCCAUGUUAUUUCUGGGAAUUAUCAUCAUGACGUUGCAUGCUUAUUAUGAGGUCAUAGAGCUGACCAAAGCUCGUAAUGUGCUAGCUUUAAGAUUAUUGUCCUUCAUACCAUUGGCUGAUUGUUUCUAGCCUACAGUUAACCAAGAGUCGCAUAAUGACUUACCAUAUGACGACAACAGGUUUUUAAAAGAAGAUCAGAAAUGUGAUGAUGAGCGCUUCAGAUAAAGUUAAAAAUCAUUGUAUGUAUAUUACGUAUUUUAAGAUUAUGCUCGAAAGCGAAAACUCAACCAUUUAUAAACAGGGAUUCCAAUGACAAUCCACAAAUGUUUCCAUAAUCGAAUCGAGGAAAUAUCCAAAUUUGACUGUAAGGCAGGUUUUCUACGAACAGAAAUUACACCUUACCGUCAUGCACAAUUAAAUACAAUAAAUUACCAACUGUUUCGAGUUUUGGGUUUCCAAUAACAACAAGAAUCAUACGGAAGCAAAAUAUACCGAUACAAAUACAACUAGUUCUCUUUCGACAAACACAUGGCAGAUUUCCCGGAUGUUGACGUCAAAAUGUAGGCACGCAAUAGGAGCUACAAUGUAUGUAUGCGAUCGGGAAC